UGUUGCCCUGGAAACCGCUGAACUAUAUAUGAAUGCCGGCGCAUCAUCGACCUCAUUCAGAACAGUGCACGCCGGCAGGGUGAUCCAGGAAACGCGGGCUAUUUUUAUUUCACUGAUUCUGGUCUAAUGGGCAAAAAUCUUUGUAAAUGCUUUUUAAGAUCAUUCGCUUGAGCAAAGCACACACUGGCCCUGGCCUUGAGGCUUAUCUGAAAGGAUUUAACUUCACUGGGGAGCCACCUUGGCUGCGCUGAACUGCUGACAUUUAAUAAUUUCAUCUCUUUCUGUCCAAUUUUUUUGCAGUCGGAUCUUAAUUAUUGACCAUGACUUCGUUCGAAGACUUUGAAUUUACCUUCCUGGAGGAGGGGUUCUGUGCACGGGACAUUGUUGAGCAGAAGAUCAACGAGUCCACCUCAUCAGAUGACAAGGAUGCUUUCUAUGUAGCAGACCUGGGUGAUGUUCUUAAGAAGCACCUUAGAUGGGCACGAGUCUUGCCUCGUGUCACACCGUUCUAUGCCGUGAAAUGCAAUGAUAGCAGGGCUGUUUUAGAGACACUGGCAACACUGGGAGCAGGCUUUGACUGUGCAAGCAAGACUGAGAUCCAGCUUGUGCAGUCUCUGGGAGUGGAGCCCAGUCGGAUCAUUUAUGCCAACCCCUGUAAGCAGGUGUCUCAGAUCAAGUAUGCCUCUGCACAUGGAGUGCAAAUGAUGACCUUUGAUAGUGAAGUGGAGCUAAUGAAGGUUGCUCGUAGCCAUGACAAUGCCAAGUUAGUGCUGCGUAUAGCUACAGAUGACUCUAAGGCAGUGUGCAGGCUGAGUGUGAAGUUUGGAGCCACACUGAAAAGCAGCAGGCUGCUUCUGGAGCGGGCAAAGGAGUUAGGGCUGGACAUCAUCGGAGUCAGCUUUCAUGUAGGCAGCGGCUGCACAGACCCAGAGACAUUCACCCAGGCCAUUGCAGAUGCACGCUGUGUCUUUGACAUGGGGGCUGAGUUGGGCUACAAUAUGACCCUACUGGAUAUUGGCGGUGGCUUCCCUGGCUCUGAUGAUUCCAAGCUGAAGUUUGAGGAGAUUACUGCUGUAAUCAACCCUGCACUGGAUAAGUACUUUCCUGUAGACUCUGGUGUGAGGAUAAUUGCUGAGCCUGGACGAUUCUAUGUAGCCUCUGCAUAUAUGCUAGCUGUCAACAUCAUUGCCAAGAAAGUCAACAUGAAGGAGCAAUCGGGCUCUGAUGAUGAAGAUGAUGGGACCGAUGACAGAACUCUAAUGUACUAUGUCAAUGACGGUGUUUAUGGAUCUUUUAACUGCAUCCUUUUUGAUCACGCACAUGUGACUCCCAUUGUACACAAGAAACCCAAGCCUGAUGAGCAAAUGUACCCAUGCAGUAUUUGGGGUCCUACCUGUGAUGGCCUUGACCGCAUUGUGGAGCUGUGUACCCUGCCUGACCGGCAGGUAGGAGACUGGCUGCUGUUUGAAAACAUGGGUGCUUACACUGUAGCUGCUUCAUCUACAUUUAACGGCUUCCAAAAGCCAGAAAUCUAUUACGUCAUGUCCAGAUCCGCUUGGCAAUGCAUGCAGCAGAUCCAUGCCCAGGGGAUGCCUGCUCUUGUUGAAGAACCGAACCAUGGGAACAUACCAGGCCACUGUGGGCGUGAAACCACCUUGGAGAUGCCAGCGAAGCCCUGCACUGCCCGGGUUCUCUAAGUCAACAUAAAUGCAGUAUAGAAUGGUGGUGUGCUGCAUUUAUUUUUUACAUAAAUGGACUCUAUUGAUGGUCCCCUAAAGAGGAAAGUCUUGGUGCCCACUGUAUUUUACCAUAAAAUUGUAACUGGUCCAUGAAUAUGCAUGUGCCCAGAAUAUUGCAGAUGCAGAUUUUUUUAUUAUUAUUAUUAUUUUAUUAUAAUUUUGCAAUUGUUUAAAUAUCAUGUCAUUGCUUCCUUUUUAUAAAGAUACUUAACCAGCGAAUAGGGAGACCAUGGAUGUCUUUCCCUGUAUUUACUGUGUUUUAUGGUGGUCUGUUGCUGUUUUACCACCCACUUGCCCAAACAUCCAUUGAAUUACACCAUCAGCACAAGACAGUUUGAAUAUACUUAACCACUACAAUGGACCACUAUACUAAGGAGCUUGGCAUGUUGUUUUUUUUCUUCUUCUGACCAUUCACAUAUCUCAUACACAUUCCUUUUUUCUUUUAGUUUCUUUUCUUUCUUUUUUUUAAAUGGUAGUAAGAUGGUAAUAAUUCUUAAAACUAGCAUUAUUUAUGACCAUGAUGCAUUUGAAAAUGGAUAUGAAAGAGAUGGGAUUGCAUACAUACUGCGUUCCUAUGGAAACUUUUUGUAUUUUAUUUGUUUUUAUAAAUAAAACCUCAGGCAAACA